CUUUUUGCACUCAUACGCCACCUAGCUUAGAGCAUCUAAAGAUGGAUCUUGCCAUAUCUGCUAUCACAGGCGAUCUGGCUAAUCGAAUCAUCUCUUUUCUGAUGAGCAAGUAUACGGAUCACGUAUGCUCGGAGGAGAAGGUGGAGAGGCUACAACAACUCUUGCUGAGAGCCGGCAUGGUCGUUGAGGAGGCGGACUCACGAUACAUCACCAACUCCUGCAUGCUCAUACAGCUGAAGGCCCUGGCGGCAGCCAUGUACCAAGGCCACCAUGUGCUUGACACCAUCAAAUACAGGAAACACAAGGAAUUGGUAUGUGACUCGUCCGAUCUAUCUGUUUCCACUCCUAACAAGCGUACUCGCACAAUCGUCGGUAGUGCAGCCCAAAGGGUUUUCAACUCAGAGCUAAUAAGAGAUCUGCAAAACCUAGAGGCUGGUGUUGCUAACAUGGCAGAGUUUGUCGUCCUUUUGGGCGGAUGCGAGCGCAUCUCCCAUAGACCCUAUGAUGCAUAUCUUUACGUCGACAACUUCAUGUUUGGUCGCCAUGUCGAGAAGCAGCAGAUCAUCAGGUUCUUGCUGCACCACAACACCCCAGGUUCUCCGGCCGUGCUUCCAAUCAUUGGUGAUGCUGGAGUUGGGAAGAAAACUCUUGUCGCCCAUGUAUGCGAUGUUGAUAGAGUGUGUUCUCACUUUUCUAUGAUUUUGCACCUGAAUGGAGAUGAUCUUUCCAAAAUGACAGACCAUGAAAGACUGUCAGGGAGGAUAUUAGUAGUUGUUGAGUUUGUUUCAGAUGUAGAUGAAGAUGACUGGAUAACAUUCUACCAUUUAAUUAUGAAGAUGGACAGAGGAAGUAAAGUGAUAAUCUUGGGUCGAAGCACAUGCUUGGAGAAGUUUGGAACCAUCAAGCCUGUUUCUCUGAACUCCCUGGCAUUCGAUGAAUACAUGUACCUGUUCAAGACACUCGCAUUCGGAAGUACGAACCCGGCAGACUACCCGCGGCUAGCAGCAAUGGUGGAAGAGUUCGCCAUGGUGUUGGGAGGGUCACUCAUCUCAGCGAAUGUGCUCGCAGAUGCACUGCGGAAAAACUUGAGUGCUCAUUUCUGGCUGUGCAGGUUGAAGGGUGCCAGAGACUCUGUCAACAUGAACAUCUCUUGUUUUGGUGCCCACCCGCAGGUGCUUCUUAGUCGAGGCCAACCGGUACACCUAAUCAACCGAGGUCACUCAGUGCACCUAAUCGGCCGCUACAUUUUAUCUCCUGCUGCUCCAUCAGGCAUUGUAAACUCUGCUAUUGGUAUGGCUAAUGUUCCAGAGGAGCGGGGUAUUGGUCUACCUAGGAUUAUGUUUGGGGACUUAAUAUCAGCAGCAGGUCACCUUGUCUUACCCAAAGGAGAUUUUAGGCUAAUUUCAUGGGAAUCAAGGCUGCCGCCUUACACUUCAUUUUCUCACUUGGGGCACGCUGUGCCGAGUUGCGUCCAUGACAAGCCGGAAACAUCCUUGUCAGGGAAGAAGCGUCCAGGUUUAUUUGCCUAAUUUUUAUGUAACAAUUGGUCUAUUUCAGUACUAUUUUGUGAGAUCUUAGGAGUUGUGCAUGUGAACUGAAAGGCGGGUCAUAAAUAUGUAGACCAUCAGACAACGUUCUUCUCUUUUAAGGAAGGCUUGCGGUGGCAGCCUGCAUAAAAUGGGUAUAUAGAAAUGAAAAUGCCAGUGCGUAGAAAUCCAUCAGAAAAAGGUUUGUUCCAAACGCUCUUAAUUACCAGCUAACCAAGUGAGAGCGUAUGUGCAAGAACCCUUAAUUAUGCAGGCAGCUAAAGUUGUAUCGAGGUGCUACUUGCCAGUAUCUAGUCAUGUCUAACCAGCAGAGAGAAGCAAUGCAAGAACCUCUGGAAGGAGCGCAAUGCAAGAUGUUUCCACGACAAGCCCUCAUCCUCAACGGUGAUCUCAAUUGUGGCGGCGAUCACCCGUGACUGAGACCUCUGGAGGCUGGCUGGAGCGCGGUGCCUUGAAACCCCUCUCGGGGAUCCAGGAUGAGAUUAUAGCAUAUUUUCAAGUCCCGACCCUGUCCCCCAGGGCCUGUAAGUUCCGGUUUUAAACUCAUGCUACUACCCACGCUGUCGCGAUAACUUGAUCACGGUAGUAACGCCUUUGUUCCGCUCUCUUAUGCUUAAUAUAUGAAAGCCAGCAACUGCUGGAUCUCUCAAAAAAAAAACCAA